CUGUGCCUUGUGAGCCAAUCCCACCGUUAGUUGGCCCGUGGGCACUUUUCUUGCCGCCCGAUUGUGAAGUCUUACGGUCUGGAUUGAAGGGCUUCGACUGGCGAUGCCGACAAGUCCGUGUCCCCGCCCACCGCCUUCCUCCUUUGGACAGCUUUGCCCCACGUUUGGCUAGUGGACCCCGUAACAUCGUGACUUCUUACACCAACUUUCAUUAGGCUUCGUUUGACGGCCUCCCGUCGAUUAUCGAAAAGAGCGCGGAGCAAUACUCCCCGGACGAGUACGCAGUAUACGGCAGAUUCGACAACGCGAACCAUGUCCUUCUGGAGUAGGAAGGCUACUCCCCCGCCUCCUCCGGCGCCCGUCCCGCCCGUCGCAGCUGCCACAGGCCCGCAAAUUGAUGCCACGACUAUCAUCUCGUUGCUUGGUGUUCUUGUGCUCCUGGGCGGAGCUUAUGGCACGAGUGUCAAGAUACUGCCCCAUUCGACCACCUUGAAAACGCGUGUCCUGUUCAUCUGGCACUUGUUCGAUGCGCUCAUACACUUCGUUUUUGAAGGCAGCUUCCUGUGGAACUGCUUCUUUGUCUCUUACGCUCUACCAACAUCCUUCACUGCGCAAGCGCAGGCCAAGAAGGUCACCUUAUUCACGCCGCCGGACGUGUACUGGCUGGGCCAACCGAGUCUCUUGUAUGGGGCGAAUUACGGAAGCACGCCCUUUAGUCGGCUGUGGCAGGAGUACGCGAAAGCCGACAGGCGGUGGGGUGGCACUGAUCUGACGGUCGUCAGUUUGGAAUUGCUGACAGUUUUCGUCGCGGGACCAUUGGCGCUGUAUGUUUGCCAUCUGCUGAGCAAAGACGAGAAGAAAGGGGGCUUGAGGAAGUGGUUCUGGAUGGUUGUCCUGGCCACAGGAGAGAUAUAUGGAGGCUGGAUGACCUUUGCUCCUGAAUGGCUGACAGGCAGCCCGAACCUCGACACUUCGAAUUGGAUGUAUCUUUACCUCUAUCUCUUAUUCUUCAACGGUCUCUGGGUCAUAUUUCCUGGCUGGAUCCUGUGGGAGGCAUACCGCGCUAUCAGUGCUGGUAUGAGCCAAGCUGAAAUGGUUGAUCUGGUUAACUAUCUGGGCAAGAAGACCGAGUAAUCGUAGCCUCGAACACCUCCGGCCAAGAUGAUAUUUGGAAUUUCAGUUCAGAGACUGUUUGUUGGGUAUCUAUGAGAGUGCGGCAAAAUGGCGCUGCGCUUUUCACAUGGACUUUCUUUCUGGUAGAACACUCUGCGAAGGCUUGAAGUUGAACAUUGAAAUGAAGGAUACCUAAUGUUGAUGCACUACGUUGAGCUCACAACAACCCCUCAAAAGGAAGCAUGGCAUCGUCGAUUUAUAUUCGUUCACUGGUAUCAAAUUUCCGCCGUUAUAUCUAGCUUCUGAACGUACGGCAUGUCAGAUACGGUUUGAUCAUCUAGUUUCUUAUAUGCAGUUCUUGCACAC